ACCAGCGAACUAACUUCCGUCCGUCUUAUUACGGCAUACGACGACUCGCUCAUUGGCGGCGAGUAUAGCGUGUGUGUGUACAUACAAUAUAUAUACAAAAUACAAGAGAUUCUCACCAGAGCAGCCCAGCUAUACGUACUCUUAAUCCUGUGUCGCGCAUCUCGUGGGUGUGCAGUGCUGCAUCGGUGUGCUGCUGCUGGAGCACAAAGUGCGUAUAUAUCUAUAGAUAGCGUAAAUACACAGCGCCUGUGCGACGAGAGAUCCCUGCAGUUGCCGAGCGAGUGUGCAGUGUUGUGUGCCGUGCGCGACGACGACGACGAGCGAGUGUCAGUGAUAAAAGCCCCCCAAAGUGUGUGUAUAGUUUCGCUCCGUGUGCCAGAGAGCUGUCUGUCUGUCUUCUCGUCGCGAACGCCGUUUUGGCCUGCUGAUAUCGGCGGCUACGUGUUCGUUACGUGAUGCCGGCGGCGCAUCUGACGAUGCGCGAGGAGGACGUCGUGCGUCUGGCCCUCGAGUUCCUGCACAAUCGGGAUCUGCACAUAUCGCAGCUGUCGCUGGAGCGCGAGACGGGCGUGAUCAAUGGCCAGUACAGCGACGACGGCCUGUUCCUCAGGCAGCUCAUUCUCGACGGACAAUGGGACGACGUGCUCGAGUUCAUACAGCCGCUCGAGGCGCUGCCCGACUUCGACAUGCGCAGGUUCACCUACUCGAUACUUAGGCACAAAUACGUGGAGCUGCUCUGCAUAAAAUCCGAGGCGAAUCUGCACAACGGCGGCGGCGUGGCGUCCAACGGCAGCGUCGACAACGCCGUCGAGGAGGUCGUCAAGGUGCUCAACGAUCUCGAGAAGUACGCCCCCAGCAAGGAGGAGUACAGCAGUCUCUGCUUGAUGCUCACCCUGCCGAGGCUCAGCGAUCAUCUGCAGUACAAGGACUGGAAUCCGAGCAACGCCCGGGUGCAGUGCUUUCGCGAGGUCUAUCCCCUGGUGGAGAAGUUUCUGCCGGGCGACAGGAAGCCAGAUCCGGCGCAUCCGGUGACGGUGGCCAAGAACGACAGGCUCGUUCAGCUGAUAAUCAAGGGCAUUCUGUACGAGUCGUGCGUGCAGUACUGCCAGGCCAAAGCUACGGGAUCGAAAGAGAUCGAGCAGGUAGAGAUGUCGUUUUCCCGGCUGCUCGACGGCUCGGUGGGCUUCAGCGACUCCGAUCUCAGUCUGCUGUCGUGGCUGCAGUCGAUACCGCCGGACACGUUCGCGGUGCCGUUCGCCCAGCGCACCCUCCACGUGGACAUCGUCCGGCUGGAGCGUCCCUCGCUCGAGACCUCCUGGACGGAGCACAUGCUCAUCACGCCGAUCAAGCCAAAGACGUUUCCGCACAGCGCGAUGCCGUUCACGAGGCCGCGCAGCGUCACGGACAUGAUGUCGCGCAGCCUCGUGCCCGCCCUGGAGGCGAGCUUCGGGACGAGCGGCGCAGGGGGCCAGAAGAACGUCAACAUACCCUCGGCGGCGCUCAUGGCGCUGUCGACGGGCGACAUCAAGGACGCCAUCAUGUCGAGGAGCUCGUUCGCCAGUUUUCAUCUGACUGGAUUCAAGAACAACAAACUGAUGAACAGCAGCGUCGAUAGGCUGUUCGAGAACGAGGGCGACGUAUUUCUGAGCUCGAGCUACGCCGAGUUCCAGCAGCUGCCUUCGAUACAAGAAACUAAUAAUUCAACGCCCUUGCCAAAGGCGCCUCCGAGGACGAGGGGACAAUCAAAAAGCCCGGAAGCUUUGGAUCGGUCGAAGACCGAGCCAUCGACGGCCUCCACGCCGGAACGACGUCAACCCGGCAGAGAAUCACCUACGCCGUCGACGGCGCGAAGCUCGCGGCGCGACUCUCUGGCCGACAAGCCAACAGCCAAAGUAACGGGGGAACCCAUUCGACCGAUGUUGCCCGAAACGAAUCAGCCGCUGAUCGAGCCGAGCUACAACGGCGAACUCUUUAAAGAGUAUCAAAAGCUGAAACAAAAACUGCAAGAUACGAUACAGCAGAAAGAGAGAGAAAGGGACGAGCUGAUCAGACAAAAUAAUCGAAUGCAGAAUGAGAGCAUGAAAAUGCCUCUCAACAAAGUGCAAUCGCCGGCGCCCUUAACGCCUGCCAAGACCGGGGGAGUGCUCUCGCCGAAACCAACGUCGAAUGGCUCGGAUCAACUAACAAGACAAAAUUCAUCCUCGUCGAACUUCGAGUCCCGGAUACACGAGGGAAAUUACGAAAUCGUCAAACCCAUGAAGGAACCAAGGGCCGAUCUUGACGUGAGCAACGGAAGCAGCGGCAACGGACGUCCACGCUUCGUCGCCGUCACAGCUCUGGAGGAUGUGCAGGCGGUGCGCUGUGCCGAAUUUCAUCCGCAAGGCAAACUUUACGCGGUCGGCUCGAAUUCCAAGACCCUGCGAAUAUGCGCCUACCCGAAAUUACACGAUGUUCGCGAGGAGCAUCAGACGUAUCAACCGACGGUCCUGUUCAAGCGCACCAAGCACCACAAGGGCUCGAUAUACUGCCUGGCUUGGACGCCCGACGGUCAGCUCAUGGCCACGGGCAGCAACGACAAGACCGUCAAGCUCAUGCGCUUCAACGCCGACACGUCGAAUCUCGAGGGCCAAGAGGUCGAGCUGACGAUGCACGACGGCACCGUGCGCGAUCUCUGCUUCCUCGAGGACACCUCCAACAAGUCCAGCCUGCUGAUCUCGGGCGGCGCGGGCGACUGCAAGAUCUACGUGACGGAUUGCGCCACGGGCACGCCGUUCCAGGCGCUGAGCGGACACAGCGGCCACGUGCUCACCCUCUACAACUGGGGCGGCGCCAUGUUCGUCAGCGGCUCGCAGGACAAGACGGUCAGAUUCUGGGACCUGAGGACGAGGGGCUGCGUCAACAUGAUCACGCCCGCGACGGUGCCCGGCAGUAGGGUCGGCAGCCCAGUGGCGGCUCUGUGCGUCGAUCCUUCCGGCAGGCUGCUCGUCUCGGGCCACGAGGACAGCAGUUGCGUGCUGUUCGACAUCAGGGGCGGUCGCACCGUCCAGUGCUUCAAGCCCCACUCGGCCGACAUCAGGAGCAUUCGAUUCUCGCCCUCGGCCUACUAUCUGCUCACGGGUGGCUACGACAACAAGCUCGUACUGACUGAUCUGCAAGGUGAUUUGACGAUGCCCCUGCCGAGCGUCGUGGUGGCUCAGCAUCAGGACAAGGUCACGUCGGGGCGCUGGCAUCCGACCGAGUUCUCCUUCCUCAGUACCUCGGCCGACAAAACGGCUACCCUCUGGGCAUUACCCCCUGUCUAAAGGAUAUCGUUUCAACGUAAUUUUAGCGUCGUUGUUUUUUUUUUCUCUUUCAUUCUUACAUCACACCGAUCGUCGAAUAUGAACAAGUAUUUUUGAGAGCGUAUCGCAUUAUGUUUUUUCCACGCGCGUCACAGAAAACCCUUUACAUUUAUAAAUAUGAUAAAAUAUUAUAUAUUAUAUACGUACAUAUGGAUAUAUAUGUAGAUCUGAAUAUAAUAUUAUAUGUAUACACCGACGGACAGUUGAACGGCUAUAUAUAAAAUGUAUGCAUAUUAAUACGUGUGACGAAUAACCCGAUUAGUUGAUUGUGAUAGUUUUCACGAAAAAGGCACAUUUUCGCUGAAAAAAAAAACAAAAUAAAAGAAACAAAAUAAGGCAACAAUUUUUGUACGACGAGCUUUGAAGAAAAUGCAUUUGCAUAAUAAUUAAUACUGUUGACAGAGGCGCCGAAGAUUCGUUUUAGCUGAGAACGUAUUUCGUUGAAGAUAUCCGUGAAUGAAUGUGCUGUUGCUGGAUUUGAGAACAUUUUUAAUGGAUGUUUACAAAAUGAUGUAUUUUUAAUAAAAAAUUGAUUUAUCUGGUGCACUUUUCAGCUUGAAAUAUUGAUAAAUCAUACCUCGAUUCUAAAUUCAAUCACGCUGAAUAUUCACGUUUGUAAAAUUCUAAAAUAACCGCUUUACCAAGCUAACACAUAAUGAUGUUCAUAAUCGGUUAAUUUUUCUAACUAUGUGUACGGAAAACGGAAUGCUACGUUUAUGAUAAUGCACAACGUAAAAUAUAAUAAAAAAAUGACAUUAUGAUGCAAUGAUUUAAGUGACGAAAAAUUGGAACAUUUGCUCAGAAAAUGUAAGAGAAAGCUGUUGCACUGAAAGAAAUUUGUUACGUUGAAAAAUUCUACGCAUAAUUCUUAUAAAACCUCUGUACGUUUCUUAAUGUAAUGAUUUUGUUUUAUACUUUUCAAGAGUCGAUGAUAGUUGAAUAUUCAUACAGAAUGUAAAUAUGAUAUUAAACAUUUAAACGUAGAGGACAACUUAUACAAAAAUAAUUAUUAUUAACUAAAAUAUAAAUGUAUUAAUGUACAGUUAUGGCGUAUUAUAUUAUAUAUUAUUAUAUUAAUUAAAAAGAGCCUAAUACAGAACUGAUGCAUCAUAAUGAGCAUGAUAAUGAAUGAGAGAAUAUUAACUAAGUCACUUUUUUUUGUUUAACCAAUAACUAAGUAUUUUUGCGAUUCAAGUUAGUUAUUAUGUGUUCUUAUAUAAAAUUAAGUAUUUGUAAAAUUAAUUUGUUCAAGUACGUUGACCAAGUUUUUUGUUAGGAAUCAAUAACUCUUUGUUAUCUAAUGUAGAAACAAAUUUAUAAAAGUAAGGAUUGUUCAUUGAAGUUUGUAUAUCGAGAGAAUAUAGAUGUCGGCAUCUAUAACAUUUUUACGAGCUUUUUGGUAAUUUUAAAAUCACGAUGAUAAGUACGUUUUAAUCUGUCGAGGAGCAGCUAAUUCUAUCUGCAUAGUAUAUAACUUUAUACUUUACCAGUUUUAUAAUAAAUUUAUGAUUUAAAAUCUUUAUCAUUUUCAAAUAUUAAAUAUUAUGCUACUCAUAAAGGAUAAAGCGAAAAAAAAGAAAAAAAUUAAACAGACGUAAACUUGGAUGUACUCUAUUUAUGUAUAAUGGAAUAAUUAUGAAAUAGAAAGUAGAUCUAAAUAUGUAAAUUAUAUAAAUGAUUACUUUUAAUUUACUAGCCUGCACUUAUUGUCUCUUAAAGCCUUUUCAAUUCAAUUUAGUAAACUAUACGCGUAUCAAGGUGCAAGCAAAAAUGUAAAAAUCAUAAUUUAAGUAUUAUUCGAUGUUAGAAUGUUAUCAUUAUGUACUUGAUAGAAAAUUUAAUGUCAGCAAGUAUGUAGAAUGCUACAAAAUGAUAUGCGAAAAAAUGAUCAAAUUUCUAAAA